CCCUUACAGAUAGUCAUAUGAAAACGGUAAGUAAAGCUUGUUUCUUUCUGGGUUUUUUUUUUUUUUUAAAAUUUGUUACGUAAACAGACAUAAAAAACCAAGCAGGUUUUAGAUGACUAAAUGCACUGUGUUUAGCUGACUGGAGACAGAAAAUAGACACUCACACAAGCUAGACGAAUAUGUACUGUAACUUUUAUCUAAUGUUGUUUUUUGAUUAGGAUGCAAACUCCUAAGCAAUUUCUUAAAUUAAAAAAAUAAAACAUUUAAGAUUUGGUACAUUAUUAUUCGUCGUUUUCAUAUGCCUAAAAAUGAGCUAGGUGUUGGUCUAUAGGUCAGAUUUUAACCAGUAUUUUCAUUUAUUUAUUUGACAUGCUUCUUUUUUUUUAACUAAUAUGAUUAGGAGAAGCAGAAAUGGAGAAACAGGUGGUGGAUAUAGCCAGGGGAGCCUUUAACACGGGUAGGUCCAGAGUCCUGCAGUACAGAGUGGAGCAGCUCCGAGCUUUACUGCGGCUCAUUAGAGAGAAACAGGAGGACAUCAGUGUUGCUCUCACACAUGACCUGCACAGGAGUGAGUUCAACACACCGCUUUUGGAGCUCAUUGGGCUUGAGAAUGAAAUCAAGCUGGCUGAACGUGAACUGAGUGACUGGACAAGACCUCAGCCUGUUCAAAAAAACCUCCUCACCCUGACAGAUGAUGUCUUUAUUAAAGCUGAACCUUUGGGUGUGGUGCUGAUCAUUGGAGCCUGGAACUAUCCAUGGGGUCUUACCCUGGGGCCGCUCAUUGGUGCAAUCGCAGCAGGCGAUGCUGCUGUGGUGAAACCUUCAGAACUGAGUAAGAAUUCAGCCAGCCUACUGAAAGAACUGCUUCCUCAGUAUUUGGAUCAGGAGAUGUACCACGUGGUGACUGGAGGUGUUCCUGAAACCCAGGAGUUGCUGAAGCAGCGUUUCGAUCACGUCUUCUACACAGGAAACAGCACAGUGGGGAAACUGGUGAUGGAAGCAGCUGCAUACCACCUCACACCAGUCACCCUGGAGCUGGGGGGGAAAAGCCCCUGCUAUAUUGAUCAGAACUGUGACCUUGCAGUUGCUUGCCGUCGAAUCACCUGGGGGAAGUUUGCUAACUGUGGCCAGACAUGCAUCGCACCAGACUACAUUCUCUGUAACUCCAGCAUCCAGAACAGACUGAUUGAAGGGAUUCGCCAGACAUUACAGGAGUUCUACGGUGAGAACCCUAAAAGCUCUCCAGAUUACGGCCGCAUCAUCAACCAGAAUCACUUUGAGCGCGUGCUGGCCCUGAUGGAGGGGUGCAGUGUGGCUGUGGGGGGAGAGAGCGAUAAAUCACAGUGUUAUAUUGCUCCUACCGUUCUGAAGGAUGUUUUGCCUCACGCCAGGAUAAUGCAGGAAGAGAUCUUUGGACCCGUGCUGCCAGUCAUCACUGUCGGUGAUCUCAAUGAGGCCAUUCGCUUCAUUAAUGAUAGAGAAAAACCUUUGGCUCUUUAUAUCUUUUCUUCAGAUAAGAAGGUGAUCAAGCGAAUGCUGAGUGAGACAUCUAGUGGAGGAGUGGUCGUUAAUGAUGUAAUGAUCCACUACACAAUCAGCUCCUUACCCUUCGGGGGAGUAGGAAACAGUGGGAUGGGCAGAUACCAUGGCAAGCACACAUUUGACCAGCUUAGUCAUAAACGUGCUUGCCUCAUCAAGUCCUUGGGAAUGGAAAGUCUGAACAAAGCACGCUACCCUCCACAAACGUCGUCCCGUCUGCGCAGAGCCCGGUUCUUCAUGCGGAGCCGCUUAUGCAGCUGUACUCAUCUCACCUGUGUCUGGGCCAUCAUCUCCACCAUGCUGGCCUUGGGUCUGCUCAUCGCCUUACUGGUCGUCCUGCUCAAGGGUAUUGUGAUUUGAAGACUCUGAUCAUCAUGCCUAAAGAUUUACACCUCAAGACAAGAUGCUGCAGUUAUGAAUUGAUGCAAAGCCUGACAAAUAGUAUUUAAACUAUAGCCUGUUGUAACUUUUUUUAUGUACACGUCUCGGCUGUGUUUUACAUUGUGUUGUGUUUGUUUUUAAACCCUGUGUGGUUUAUAGAGUGUGCAUGAUUGCAGACUCUUUCAGCAGCUGAAAUGCCAGCAGGACAAACACAGACUUGUCUAUAGCGUUACCCGAAUUUCCCGAGCACAGGACAGGGAAUUGGGAAUCGCCAGUGUUUUUGGAUAAGCCGUUUUCCCUGUUCAGUGAAGCAAGCAACAAAGAGCUUGUUCUUUAUGCUUUAUGCUUUGAUGCUCAAGCCAGACACUGAGAAUCUGAAGGAUUUGGCAUUGUUGAACACUGGCACAAAUCUGCCACCGGGUGGCGUAAUGUCACUACAGUAUAACAUGAGCUCAUCUAUUUUUAGUACUAAUCUCAAUUCCAGUUGGAAGUAACCUCGUCGAUAUCAUCCGUAGUUAUGAUAUUCAUCCGAAAGUUCAUUUUAAAAAAUGUUAUUUCGAAUAUUAUUCACGAUGUAAUAACCCUGCACCCAUACUGACUCUUGAAUUAGAGCUUUUUUUUUUUUUUUUUUUUUUUUUUUUUUUUUUUUUUUUUUUUUUUUGGCUACUGGUGUUUUGGAGGUGCUGUGAAUGUCUUAAGAACUAUUGAAAAUCUCCUUUACAUUUCUGGUUUAAUUCAAGAAAGACCUUUGACUGACUGGGGGGUUUUCAUCGCCACGCUCGAGUCCAAAUAUUUCAAAUCCAAUACACAUUGUUCUUCUCAAGUAUCAUCUGGGUUUACAUUCCACAUUCUCUAUACCACAUACUGGGAACAGACAUAUUUUACUUCUGGAUGUCUAUAUGGAUGUCUGGAUUCAUCAUGUUCUGUAUUUCAUCAGGUCACAAUUCUGCCAUGACUCGUAGCGUCUAGCGGACCCCAAGGCAGUGACCCGACCGUGGUACAGCUUUACUCUCGUGUACUUCAGUGAGUUCAUGCAUUCCAGCACAAGCUCAGAGCUGUACAGGAGUGUCUGUUUACUUUGGAUUACACUCCAAGUGUGCCUUACAAUCUUAAAGUGCUACAACUCCACUGACGCUUUCAGAAUUUAUUAUUAUUAUUCUUAAUUUUUUUGCCUUUUUAGUUUUAUUGAACUUACUGUAUGUCGUCAUUGUUCUUUUUGUUUUUGUUUGUAUCUAAUGAUUCAGAGCAUUGUAAUUUAGCUCAGCUUUGUGAGGCAGGAUGCAGAUAUAGGUUGACACAGAGUUGAGCUUUUAAUUCUGUGCACUUGAAACAAAAAAAAAUAAAACGAGAAACCGCUGUGUCCGAGAUAUAGAUACAGAGUUCUCAGAGGUUUUACACGUACAACGUGCACAGUCAUAACAGGGCUGACAGAUGUGACAGAAGAAGAAAAAAAGAGAAAAUAGAACUGGUAACUUCCCUGGGUGUCAGUAUAGCAUAAAUAUGAACAGGACACACACACACACACGCACACAAAAGGCAUCCAUCCAUCCAUUUUCCAUACCACUUUUCCUACACAGGGUCAUGUGCGAGCCUGGAGUCUAUCCCAGGGGACUGGGGACACAAGGCAGGGGACAUCCUGGACGGGGUGCCAAUACAUCACAGGGCACAAUCACACACGCAUUCAAACAAUUCAGACAAUUUGGAAAUGGCAGUCAUCCUACAACACAUAUUUUUGGAAUGGGGAGGAAACCGGAGUACCCAGAAGAAAGCCCAGAAGCAUGGGGAGAACAUGCGAACUCUGUGCACACACACAGGGCAGAGGCCGGAUUCAAACCCCUAAACCCAGAGGUGCAAGGCAAACGUGCUAAUCAUAAAGUCACUGUACCCCCCCCCCCCCCCCCUAAUUAUUUUCACAAUAACAAAUGAAACUUUGUUAAUGGUGGGUUGUGAUUUCUAGCACUGUGACAAAAUUUAAAAAUGGCAGAUCCCUUGGCUGUGCUUCUCAGAUCCUGCUUUGAGAACCAUAACACUGGACUACCUAGAGUUAAAACUAAAGAAACUCUUCUCACACUGUCUUGCAAAAACACCGCAGUCUUCAAUCUUAUUAUUUUUUUCUUCUUGUAUAUAAAGCAUAACACCUAAUCUCAGACUCUGUUGAAGUUAUUACGAUCCUACAGAGAAGCUUCUUUUGCGGCCAGUUGGUUUUCUCUGGAUGGCCGUUAUCUAUCCUCUCAUCUUGUUCUUUUUGCAACAAAAAAAAAGCUGUCUUACAGCUCCAGUGUUGCAGUUUCCAUGACUACAUAUUAACCCUGCUAACCUUGGCACGCACAGCAUUUAUGAAUGUGUGUGCUCGCUAAGUGACUGUACCUCCCACUCUAGGCCCCCGCGUCUCUCUCUCUCUCCCUCUCCGCUACACACACCUUCCUCUCAGCUUCCCAUGUGGUUCUGCUCUGUCUUCCGAAUUCUCUCCUCCUACUGCCUAUAAACAGAGCUGGGUAAAUUACUGAGGAAGUGUAAUUCUGUACUGAUUAUGAAUUACACUACUAAGGAUGUAAUCAGUAAUGUGAUCUUUUUGUUUACGUAAAUGCAAUCUAAUCAGAUUAUGUACCGGAUUGGUUUUGGAAUGGUUUUAUUCGAUUAAAUUAUUUUUCUGGGUAAAAUAAACUUGUUUUAUAUCACAGUUCUGUUGAAUGCUUGAUUCUGAUUGGUCAGAAGCUGUUGAUUCAUUUUCUAUAACAGCAGCUCUGACAAUAGUUUAUAGUAAUAAUCUCAUUCGCUUGUAGUAACAAUUUACACAGGGACUUUUUUGCUGGAUGAUUCACACAAAAUGUAAAUGUUUAAAAUGUGGAUAAACGUUCAUACGGUGACGUUUUCUGUGAGGAGAUGUUUACUUAUCACAUUUGGAAGGAGUCUCCAGUGUCAGCUUAGCACUUUGUAACAGGUGAAGUUUUAACUAUAGGUUUUACGACAUGGGAAAUUCUUCAGGACAGAAUGCUUUGCUGUUUCUUUGUAAUUUUUUGUAUGAUUAACUUCAAGAGCAAGAAAAAAAAAAGGGAAAUGCUGCAAGUGGUUAACACACCUGCCUCGCACCUCCAAGGUUGGGGGUUUGAAUCCCACCUCUGCCCUAUGUGCAUGGAGUUUGCAUGUUCUCCCUGGCCUUAGGGGGUUUCCUCCGGGUUCUCCCCCUGUCCAAAGACAUGCAUCAUAGACUGAUUGGCAUCUCUAAAUUGUCUUUAGUGAGUGAAUGUGUGUGUGAUUGUGCCCUGCCAUGGGUUGGCACACCGUCCAGGGUGUCUCCCGCCUUGUGCCCUAAGUUUCCUAGGAUAGGCUCCAGGCUCCCCGUGACCCUGUGUAGAAUAAGCAUUAUGGAAAAUAUAUGGAUGGAUAGACAAAUAAAAAGUAUGGUAUGUCUUUAAUGAAUUAAAACGUUGUAAGCAUUAGCAAAUUGCUGUUGUAAAAGAGGAAUAAAAUACUUCAAGACCUGUGGUUAUUGAAAAAGAAUCAACGCCACACCAUCAUCGAUUAUUUGAUUUUAUUCCUUACUUCCUUACUAGUAGAAAAAACAUGUAUCUCAUACGUCACAAAAAUAAGACAAACAUAACUAGAUUUCUAUGUGCAGUAAAUAUAAUAAAACAUUAGACCAAGAUCAAAAUAAUCAUUUAUGUUAACAUUAAGUGAAAUCUUUCAAAAUGAAUCAGACACAAAGGCAUACUCUUUGUUUAGGCUGUUUAUUGGAACCAUACUUUAACGUAGAAAAAAGUAAUCAUGUAGUUAUGCAUGUCUCUAAGAAACAUUAUGUAUCUUAUCUUAUGUUUCAAUAAGAAAUCAGAGCACUGAGUCACUGGCAGUCCUCAAACGACGUCUAAAAACCUGUCUCUUCCUGAUUGUAAUUAAAUUAGCACUUUAAUAAUAAAUUUGUUGUGUUGUUUGUGUGCUUUUCUUACUAUAUUACCUCCACAACAGAGUUUUUCAACUGAUGGUAUUCUUAGUCCAUGACCUAAUGAACCAGUACCAGGAUGUAU